AUGGCUCCGGGCUGCUCCAUCUGCUACGAGGAGUUUGUCGCGGAAGACUCCCUGCAAGUCGUCGUGGAAUGCGGCCACGUGUUCCACACCCAUUGGUGCUGCCCCCGUCCGCUCCUCGCGCACCUCUAUCUCCACAACCCUCCAUUCGAAACCUCCUGUUCUUCCUCGUCCCCACCUCCCCUCCCCGCUCUUCCCAACCUCCUAUUUCUCCCGCUUUAUCCGUCCAACAGCCUUCAGCAGUGGCUGGAGUGCAAACCCCGCAAGAGCUGCCCCUUCUGCCGUGGCGCGUGCUCGCGCCGUGUCCUCCACGUGUUCCUCUCCGACCUCUCUAGCGCGGACGACGCAGACGCCUGCCGCGCAGCCAAGCGGAGGAAGGUUGGGGAGGAGUCGGGAGCAGGGGGCGCGGGGGAGGGUGGACCAGCUGCUGCUGCUGCGCUGAAGGAACCCUCACUCCCCCUUUCCUCCCGAAGUUUCUUCCGCCCGUUUCUCCCUACAACUCUCCCCCCAUCCCGCCACUCCGUGCAGCAUGCAGAGACGCGGGUUGCGGCUCUGAAGGCGGCGUUGAGAGCAGAGCAGGUGGCAUUCACGCAACUCAAAGCCGAGGUGCGUGCUUGCAGGCACAAACAGUGGUGGUGGGUGGUUGGGGACUGGGCGUGGUGGCUGUUCUUAGGCCCGUCAAAGCAGUUUGCAGCACUGAAGGCGUCGUUGCGAGCAGAGCAGGUGGCAUUCACGCAGCUUAAAGCCGAGUCUGCACCCUCCCACACCUUGAUCGCUUCCCAUCCCUUCCCACCCCUUCUCAUUCCUUCCCUUUCCAACAAAUCAUCCCGUCCUUUCCCAUCCCUUCCCUUCCCAUCCCUUCCCGUCCCUUCCCAUCCCUUCCCGUCCCUUCUCAUCCCUUCCCACCUCUUCCCACCCCUUCCCACCCCUACCAUCCUUUCGUGUUUGCGACACCCCGGGGAGCAGGCGGAGCGCAGCAAGCAGCGAGUGGGGGAGGCGGAGAGGGAGAGGGACGAGGCACGCGCAGCAGCGGUGGUGCAGAGGGCGGCACAUGCGCGGGAGAAGGAGCACCUGCUCGUGGCCGCGCACGUGCUGCGCGGGGUAGGGCGGGAGGGGGGGGUGGGCGGGGUAGAGGGGGAGAGAGGGGGGAGAGGGGGGAGAUGGAGGGAGAGGGGGGAGAUUGGGGAGUGGGCGGAGAGGGGGCGGAGAAUACAGUGGAGAGGACAGAAGGGAGUGGGAGGGAGGUUGGGGGCUGGUGGUCGUAGGGGAAGCAGCAGCGGUGGUGCAGAGAGCGGCGCAUGCGCGGGAGAAGGAGCAACUGCUGGCAGGAAGCGGGAUACAGCCUUAAUCAUGCAGCAGAUAGAGCUAAGCAGGGAAGGGCUGCUCAAGAUGGCUCGCAUGGCAGCAGGCGCUGCAGCCACAGACGCAGCUGCCGCCGCUGCCGCUGGCGCGGGCGUAGGUGGCAGCGGUGGUAGGGGCAAGCUAGGGAAGGGCAAGCACACGUGGAUGAUGGACGAAAGGGGGGAUGGUGACGGCUCUAAUGGCGACGACGGCGGUGGCAGCAGUAGCAGUGACGCUGGUGUGAUCUGCGUGCUGCAGCACACGCUGAUGGAGAGAAACAAGCAAUACAAGGACCUUCUCACCAAGUUCUCGCGCCUCACCUCACAGCACUCCCUGCUGGCCUCUACCAAUGCCCGCCUCUCUUCCGUUGCGGCUAGACUGCAGAUGACCCAGCUCAAGGCCAACGCUAACUCCUCUGCCACCACCCCGCCUCGCUCCUCUCGCUCUCCUGCCCCUGCCGCUACCCCUGCCUCUGGUUCUGGUGGUGGUGGUGGUGCUGCUGCUGCUGCAUCGGCUCGCGUCCCUCCCCGCACCCCUGCGCCUUGGAGGAAGGUGGCAGCAAAGGGAGCAGUGCAGCAGCAUGUGCAAGAGGCACAGCACGAGUCACAGGUACCACCGGUGCAGCCUGUUUCGCAGGCGGCGGCACACAUGCAUGUGAGCAAUCCGGACACUCGGCAAGGAGGGACAAGUGUUGAGGGGAGGGUGCGGGGUGGUGAGGCGGAGGAGGAAGCUGAGGAUGCGGUUGCUGGCGCAUGUGGAGGUCUUGCCAGAGGGCGAGGGGGGCCAGGAGGAGUGAAUGGAGGGCAGCGUGCAGAGAAAGAUGUGAUAUGCUUAGAUGAUGACGAUGAGGCGGAGGAGAAGAAGGCAUAUGGAGAGGCAUGUGAGGUGGCAAGUGAAGUGGCAUGUGAGGAGGAGGCAUGUGAGGAGGAGGCAAGUGAGGAGGAAGAGGAGGGGGAGGGCGAGGAGGAUGAUUUCCUAGACGGGCUGCUUCAUGCUGCUGAUGACCUCGCCCCCCCUGCACGCACUGUGCCUGCUGCUAUGCCCAUGGGGCGGGCAACCGCAGUAACAGCAAAGGCGCCAGCUGCAGCAGACAGAGCAGUAGGAGGCGGAGGGGCGGAAGCAGCAGACGCAGGAGCAGCAGGGGCAGCAGCAAUGAGAGUGCCAGUACCGCCUUUUCCUGUAGGCGAGGCGGAGGAAGAAGGAUGGAGAGGAGGUGUGGCGCGUGCGACGGAAGUGAGAGGAGGAGAGCGGGCAGGUGGGAGCGAGGGGCAUGUGGAACAAGCCUGUGGUGCUGGUGCAGCGGGCAGGGGAGAACGGGGGGAGGACGGCGAGGGGGGCAGGCAAAGGGAGGUGGAGAGUGAGUGGGGAGGGGAGUGGAUGCAAGGGGAGGAGUAUGGCGAUGAACAGGAGAAGAUGGAGCCACUGUUGUCACAUUCAGCCCUCCCAGCCCCACAGUUCUCUCGCCUCGCACACUCCUCUCUCCCCUCUCUCAACCGCCACAAGCCACAACCCGCCUUCCUCUCCUCAGCUCGCUCUUUUGCCCACUCAAACCGCUCUCAAUACCAGCAGCAGCAGGGAGGGCAUUCAGGGGGGCAGGUGCAUGUGCACGUGUCGGGUCGCAAGGCUGCUUUUGUGCUGGCUCCGAAGCACCUUCCUGGCAUGCACGACCCAUGCGUGUAUGCCGCUCCUGUGCGCAAUGCUGCUGGUAAUUGCAGCAACAGCAGCAGCGGCACCACAGCAACUGCUGCCGCCACUGCCCGAGCUGCUACUGCCAAUGGUACCACCACUGCCACUGCUGCUGCUGCUGCUGAUGAUGUUGGUGGUGCUGGUGUUGCUGCUGCCGCUGCUGCUGGUACUGGUGCUGCUGUUAGUGACAGUGGUGGUGGUAGUGGUGAUGGUGCGAGGGGAGCAGCAGGGAUAAGGGGACCAGCUGCAGCAAGGCACAGCAACGAGACCACCAGUGAUGCACAGCCGAGUGCAGGGACAGGCAUAAGCCUUGAGGCAGGGACAGGCGCACGGAUGGAGACAGGAGUGGGAGCAGGAACAGGAGCAGGAGCAAGAAUAGGAGCAGGAGCAGCAGGAGCAGGAGCAGGAGCAGGAGCAGGAGCAGGAGCAGGGAUUCAAGCCGGUUCCACUGGCAGCAUACACAGCCAGCACGUGAUCUCUGCUCGCACCUCGUUGCCGUCGUGUGCUUCUCCUCCUCUUCCAUCUCUCUCCACUGCUCCUCUCGUGGCCAUGGGUCCUGAUGGCAGGGGUGGGGUGCAACGGAUACUCAAGCUUAGCAGCACCGAGCUUUCACGGUCCGCACUUCCCGCCAAGCGCAAGCUGGUAAAGGGCAAGCCACAAGCAGGAGCAGCAAGAGCGAAGGACAUGCACCGCAUAGAUGGGUACUUCAGCCGGCAACGAUGA